AUGACCAAAGGCAAGGACAAGAACAAGACCAAGACCAAGACCAAGACCACCAAGAUGUUCCGCAGAAAUAUGCCUACCCUUCUCCGGGCCAUGAACGGAGCCGUUCGUGCCCGCUCCACGCCUGCUACGCUCGGGCCCAAGUCUGGCGGCCGUCUCGGCUCGUCGGCUUCGUCGUCGAGUGCAAGUUCGUCGUCAUCAACUCGUCAACCGCGAUUUGUGUCUCAGACCCGCUCAGCUGGCGGACGCCGAUCAUCGAUGAUUAACGGACGGCAUGGAUCAAGUCACGCUGCUGCACAGCAGGUGGCGACGGGUCCGUUCUCGGUCCCUGUCUCGGCGUCGGUUCUCCCUGCGCGCCUCUCCAAGUGGCAGCCGCCGUCGGCUUCGCGCGCAUUCUCGUCGACCACGGCCUCGCGUCCGCCGGUGGGCGCGACUGCUCCCGCUCCGGCGCCGGCGCGGCUCUGUCGUCCGCUCUCGACGGCGGUUGCGAAGCGGAUACCUGCGGUGACGGGCCCGCGGCAGGUGCCGGCGCGGUCUGCGGCGCGGCAGGCGCCGUCGGCCUCAGCCGAGCUGCAUCGCAUGCACUACGGGGCUGCCGAGGACGCUGCCGAGCCGUCGCUCGGUGUUCUCUUUGCCAGCAUUGCCGCCGGCGUCGCCGCUGGCUCGCUGCUCAUUGUAGGCACCAAGUGCGCCGAGGAGGCAAACGGCGAGGUCGACGAGGAGACUGUGGCAGCGUCGCACCUCCCGCUGCCUCAGAUCAUGGCACUGCUCGACACGUACUACGAGUCCAAGUCGGAGGCUGACAAGGAGAAGGCGCUCAAGCUCGCAACACUCGCAGUCGGGCCCGAGCCGCAGAUUGCGUCGGUCGAGCUGCUUGUGCUUGCGGCGCGUGCGGCCAAGAACUACUCGGACUUUAAGGUCGGCAAUGAGAAGGUCCCGCUCCUCUCGCAGGCGCUGACAUUUGCCGAGAUUGUGCGCGACCGCGAGCCGCAGCGGUGGGAGGGCCACUACUGGUACGGCAUCAGCCUCUCGCUGCUCGGCGACUUUAAGCCGACCAAGGAAGCCAUCCAGAACGCAUACGUCAUCAAGGAGGCGUUCGACAAGGCGCUGCAGUACAACCCGCGUCCGAACGGAACCAACUACCACAUCCUCGGCAUGUGGGCAUUCACCUUUGCCGACAUGGCGUGGUACACCCGCAAGAUCGCGUCGCUCGUCUUUGCCGCCCCGCCCACCGCCACCUACGACGAGGCGCUCGCCUACUUUCUUGACGCCGAAAAGGUCGAGCCGGGCUUUUACGUCAAGAACAAUCUCAUGAUCGGCAAGUGCUACAUUGCCCUCGGCAAGUAUGACGAGGCCAAGGCGUGGCUCUCCCAGGGCCUCACCGUCGACAUCAAGACGCCCAAGGACGCCGAUCUCCUUGUCGAGCUCAAGGCCCUGCUGGCCACUCUCUAG